AACCUCUCCACCGCCCGGUUACCAUACCCACCGUUCCAACGGCACGUCUAUUUCACGUGCCCUUCCUGCCUCCCCUUCCUUCCUCUCCUCCCACAUCACCUCCACCUACCGCCGGCGAACUCGUCCCCGUUGCUCUCCAAUCUUGCCAACGGAGAUGACGACAGAGGGUCUGGUGCCGAUCACGCGGGACUACCUCGCGCGCUACUACGACAAGUACCCGCUGCCCCCUAUCCCCGACGGCGUAACCGCCCUCGCUGCCCGCCUCCGCGCUCUGUCCGCCGAACUCGCCGCCGCCUCUCCCUUCUCCCCCGAGGAGGAGCACUUGGAACAAGAGGCAUCUGGUGUACCUGCCCAUAAAAUAGAUGAGAACAUGUGGAAGAACAGAGAACAGAUGGAAGAGAUUCUGUUUCUGCUUAAUAAAUCUCGUCGUCCCGUUGCUCUUCAACAGAAGUCCACACUAGAAGACGCUGAGAUAGUUUCCACACUUGAUGAUUGUGAAACUAAAUUGAAAGAGAUGUUGAAGAAGUUGGAACAGUUUCAGCUAAAAAAUGCCGAUAAUGUUUUCAAUACAGUUAUGACAUACAUGCCACAAGACUUCCGCGGUACACUGAUCAGGCAACAGCGAGAACGCUCUGAGAGAAAUAAGCAAGCGGAGGUUGAUGCUGUAGUUAGUUCUGGUGGAAGCAUUCAUGAUAGAUAUGCAUUGCUAUGGAAGCAGCAAAUGGAUAGGCGGGUGCAAUUAGCGCAGCUUGGUUCUGCAACAGGUGUAUAUAAGACACUUGUUAGGUACUUGGUUGGUGUUCCACAGGUGUUAUUGGAUUUUAUUCGACAAAUAAAUGAUGCUAAUGGACCUAUGGAAGUGCAAAGAGAACGCUACGGGCCAGCACUAUACACACUUACAAAACUGGUGCUUGCAGUUCGGUUGUAUCUACAUCUCUCUUUGGCACGAUAUGGACAGAAGAAAAUAGGGAAGGAUGACAUUGCUGUGUUGCAGCAGGCAGUGGUUAUAUACACCGAGGAAUUUGGGAAGUUCACUACAUUCAUCGGUGAGGUUUUUGUGAAUGCCCCAUUCUUCAUAUCUGCUGAGGAUGCAGGUGCUGAUUCGAGGAAAAACGAUGAGUACCGAGAAACCAUUAUUCCAGCGGGAAAGACACAUGAGGUUAUUUUAAGUGUUGAGGCUGUCAACUCAUAUAUUGCAUGGGAUUUCUCGUUGCAACAAGGGGCCCUCAGCACACUGCUGGAUAUUGGCUUUCAUGUGGAGUACAUAAGCCCGUCACAGGAGAAAACGUUGAUUCUUCCCUACCGACGUUAUGAAGCUGACCAAGGUAACUUUUGCACUGUUUUCGCUGGAUCGUACAAGCUUGUAUGGGACAACUCAUAUUCAACAUUCUUCAAAAAGACUCUCCGGUACAAGGUGGAUGCAGUGCCUCCGGUCACCGAGACAGAGUAGCAGUGCAGAUGCAGCCGAAGCCCUUAUACCAUGUUGUAACCUUAUUCUUUUGCCGACUGUGUUGCAGCAAUUCUAAUCUCAAGUUUCAACUACACGUGGUAGCCCACUGGUGUAUGAGCGCAGAAUAUGUAUCUUUCUGUGCAAAUAUGUUUACGAUGACUUGCUGAUGCAUGAAUGCAUCUGUACUAGAAGUAUUACUUUUUUUUAUGUGUUUAUAAUUUCAGAAUUAUGGAUGUGCCUAUUUUCCUGAUUGUCCGAUUUAUCAGAAUAUCUGUUGGACCUUGCAUUUGAAUCUAAGAGUCGUCUUCAUUUA